AAAGUUAUAUGGCAUACCUUCACGAACAAGUUCAACAUCAUUCAUGCACUUCAUAUGCCCAUGGCUAAUUACAAGUACUGCUCAUAUUUCUCUCUACAGAUGAACCUGAAGCUGACAUCCACUUGAGAUUAUGCUAUAUGAGAACAACCAGUUGGGGGGAAGAACUAGUUAUGUAAAAGGAGUUCCUGAGCUACUCUAGUUAUUCCUAUAUCUAGAUUUCUUGUUUUGUUUCACAGAGAAUGAGAGCAGGAGGAUGCACAGUGCAGCACACUCUCACAGUGGAGGCAGCAGCUGCUGUGAGAAGUGCAGUGGGGCUAGCCAGGCGGCGCGGCCAUGCCCAAGCAACACCACUGCAUGUAGCAGUGAUGUUGCUUGGAUCAGAAUCAUCACUCCUUCGCCGUGCCUGUCUGCGCUCGCAUCCGUUGCAGUGGAGGGCGUUAGAAGUAUGUUUCAAUGUGGCGCUCAACCGCUUGCCUGCUGCCGCAGGCGCUGGACAGCCAUCACUGUCUAAUGCCCUGAUCGCUGCGCUCAAGCGAGCGCAGGCCAACCAGCGGCGAGGCUGCAUAGAACAGCAACAAGCCCAGCCACUGUUGGGUGUCAAGGUGGAGAUCGAACAGCUUGUGAUCUCCAUCCUUGAUGAUCCCAGUGUGAGUAGGGUGAUGAGAGAGGCUGGAUUUUAUAGCCCUAAUCUCAAAUAUAGCCUUGAGAACAAUACCCAUCUCAGCUACUCUUUGCAAAUCAGUGGCGGCGGUGGUGGCGGCAGUGUUGGUAGUGGUGGUGGUGGAGGGUUGUUGAGUAUGCAGGCACAAAACUGUAGAGCUAAAGAGAAACAAUAUAAGCCCUCAUUUUCUAAAGACAUGGAAUCCUUAGUUGAGGCACUGGCAUUUCAGAAGAGGAAAACUACUGUAAUAGUAGGAGAUGAACCCUUUUACACAGAAUGUAUUCUUCGCCAGCUCUUCACCCGCAUUGAAUCUGGAGACAUACCAGAUUGUAUAAAGAAUGUUCAGGUCAUUGGGCCUCAGAUUUUUUCUUGCCUUCAUUGCAGUAGAGAUGAGCUGGAGAGGAAGCUUUCAGCUUUGAACACAACUGUGGCUAGUUGUUGCCUUCGUGGGGUUAUUCUCUAUGUGGGAGAUCUUCGUUGGACUCUGGAAAUGAACCAGAAUUUUAAUAGAAGUUCUUGCUGUUCUUAUUCUCCUGUGGAGAUUGUUAUCAGAGAGGUGGGCAGAAUGUUGGCUUGUUAUGGUGAUCGCCUCUGGUUGUUGGGGUGUGCAACUUAUGAGACUUAUAUCAAGUGUAAAAUGAGGCAGCCCACUUUGGAAUCUCUUUGGAAAUUGCAGCCUCUCACUGUUCCUACAGGUGGCCUCAGCUUGGCUCUUCAUCACUCCAGCACAGCAGUUCAGGAUGCUAAGAUGGUGGGUGGUGAAGUUUAUCCCUGUAAGGAUAAACCUCACUUUGACAAGCUGAAGGCCACCAGUCUGGACUUUUAUAACAUUCAGAAAUUAAACAGUUGUCAUGAGUGUUCAAAAAAGCUGGAUUCAGAAGAUCCACUUCUUUUGCACCACAACAACUCAGUUGCCAAUCUAUAUACCCAAAUUCAAGGGACAUCAUCCACUUUGCCAUCCUUCUUUCAGCGUCAACAUGCAGACCAGAUUUCUACUGUGGAUUUAACUUCUUUAGAGGCUCAAAUAUCAAGUGAAUCAGUUAGAGAAUUGGGUAAUAAAUGGAAUCAAAAUUGUGGACAUGAAAGUCAAAUUCCUUUCUCUUGUUCAUGGAAUAUGUGUGGAGAUAGCAUGUUGAAGGACUCUAAACUGCAACUGCAAUCCUCUAUUAAUGAGAGCAUAAGAAACAAUGGUGAUGCUUCUAAACUAUCCUGGAACUCUGAUGCUGAAAAUUUGCUGGGUCCUGAUAGAUCUGUGAUAUGGUCCUCUACUCAACACAACAUUGAGAAUUCAACUAAGAACUUCUUUGCAGAAGAUAAUACUUGUGAAUCCAAUGACAGCAAAUCAAGAUUGGAAGUGCAAACUGCCCUAACUCUUGGUAGGUCAUCCUCCAAUGACAGUGACAAUAAUACAACUCCAAACAAAAGGAAUAGAACUAGUAAUGAUGGCCUCUGGUGGCAAAAUGCUCAAAAUUGUUCAGAUUCUGUGUCAGCUUCUGUGGGGACUGAUGAUUAAUAGUUAAUGCCCUGAUUAAUAUUGACAGCCAUUUAACAUGCAAUGGAAAACAUGAAGCUCCUCAGUGAAAUACUUGGUGCAAUUUGAGACAUUCAAAGAAAGGAUGAAAUGGAAAACAGUAUGAUAGUCAGCAUAGGCAAUGAACUCUUGCAGUCCUGGGAAAAAUUCUUCAGAAGGCUUGAGAUAGCAAAUCUGCCUCCAGAGAUAUAUCCAUCAUCACAAAAGAGCAGAAUAUCAAUUAAGAGGAAAUGGGGUCUGGAGAUUGUAAAAAUUAAAAUAAUUUAUAGAAUGUGGGUGUAUUUUUAAAACUGAAGAGGCUAAAGUAUGUAAGAUUUGUGGACUCUCUUCCAUGAUUAUAAAGGAUUCAGCAGAAUUACAUUGUAGGUGUUUUUUAAGCCAAUUUUUUUUUUUAUCAAUGCAGUCUCAUAAACAUUUUUUCUUGCUGGGCAAGGAUAAAAUGGUCUUUGCUAGAUUUAUUUUAGUCUAAAC